GCUGCUCGCUGUCACGGUCGCGGUGUUGACCGCGGGCACCGGGAAGCCUCGAGAGACCCGGCAGCCAUCGACCGUGACGCCGGGCCGGUGACCGUCCCAAGUUGGAGCUCACCCUCCUGGGACCGCGGGCUUGUGGAGGCGAGGCCAUUCCUGAGCCCGGCCAGCACCGUUCCCGCUGGCCUAUGACAGCUAAGAGCGGAUAAAGAUGAAUGUCAUGCAUCAUCCAAUAUGAAUGUUCUGGAAGUUAGAAGACACUUGCUAAGUCAGCUUACUUCAUCCUGGCAACUUCAGCAGUAAUUUCAGCCAGUUUACAUUUAAUGGAAGAAGACCAUUGUCUGCUCAUGUACAUGUCUAAUUCAUAAUAGUUUAUAUUCUUUAAAGUCGAUUUGUCCAUAUAUUUGAAUUAUGACUCUCCAAGGCUCUUGGAGUAAUGGGAUCAAGACAGAUGUGAGCCCUGCCCUUGUAGAGUCUUGAGUCUGCUGAGGAAGAUACACAUUAAAUUACAUCAAUAUAAGUAUGAUCUGUAUUGGGAGAAGAGAACUAAAUUGUACAAGGGCGAUAUAGCAUCUCAGAACUUCAGCUCAUCUGGCUGUACAGAAAGACUUGGUACAAAAGAUGAAAGAGUGAAGGCAGGAGAAAACUCUAGAAGGCAGGAAGAGAAGACCUUCUGGCUGGGGCAACAGCAUGGGGGUGGAGCAGAAGAGUGGCUUUGUUGGAGAAAAGUUACUGCUCAAGUCACAUACAUCAUAAUGCGGAAUUCUUCAUCAGUACCACCAAAAGAUGAAGAUGAAUCAAACAUUCCUCCUGGAACAGCACAGAGUGGGAAAAGUUUACAGAAUAAGAGUCAGUUUAGGACCAUCGCACCAAAAAUUGUGCCUAAAUUCUUAACAUCCAGAGUGAUGCCCUGUCCUUCCUCACUUUCUGACCAAGGGAGUCUGGCUCUAACCUCCAAGCCUCUGGGCAUACCCACCCAGAACUAUGCUCUGAUGCAGGUGGCCGGCCAGGAGGGGACGUUUUCUCUUUUUGCUUUGCCGAACGUUACCUCAGCUCAGCCAGUUCAGAAGCCCAGAUUGUCCCUGCAUGAAAACCUUAAACUGCCUAUUCCUCGAUACCAACCACUAAGUAACAAAGGGUUAAGAAAGAAAGAGGACCUGACCUCUCCCAAGAGUAGCUGGAAUGAACCUCCUGGACCACCCCAGACAUGCCAAAUGUCCCCUUCCCCACAAGCCCGUCCUGAACUGCCUCACAAGACCAGCCCGUUCAAGUCAAUGCCCACUGUAAACCCUUACCCCACCAUCAAAACAGCUACACUGGCCAGUAGUAUUGGCCCAGGAGAUAUGAAUUCUCUAGUGACCAACAGUUGUGGAGACCUGAAGCUUCCUGCCAUCCCAGCAUGCUCUAAAGAGGAUUCCUCUUUCCCACAGAACCUCUCAGCAAUCAUGCUGAAAGCAGACUGUGCCCGGAAGGAGGCGCCCACUAAUCCUGCCGUUGCUGGGGAAGAACUUAAAGAACAGGUGGCUCCUACACACACUGUCUUCAGCAGUGUGACUCCGCUGGUCUCUGUAGUACCGAAGGGUAAACUGCCCAUCCUACCCUUCUCAAGAAUGAAAGCCACAGAGGUGGACAAAGUGGAAUCAGAUGCUGAUUUUGCCAAAUUAUCUUCAUCUGGAUGCAGGGCACACUGUGAUGAGAGACUGUCCAUCACAGAAAGAUUUGAUGCAGCCACCACAUUACCCAGCAAGAUAACUGCUCUGCAUGGGCCAAACCAGAAUACUUAUGAAAGUGCCUUCUGUCCUGUCACCAAAUUAGAUCUCAGCCACAAAGUAAAGCCAAGUAGUGGAGCACCAAAGAGAAGAGGAAGAAAAUGGAAAGUGCCAGAUGAGAUUUUAGCAUUGCAGGGCAAAAGGAGGAAAUACAUCAUUGGUCUGUGUGGAGAUGGAGUAGAAAGGGGGAGAGACAGUCCCCAAGAACCCAGAGACCAGAAGCCCAAGGCUGCUUCGAGAAAAUACCGUAGUAUCAUGCCUAAGCCCGUGAUCGUCAUGUCUGCUUGGGCACCCCUGGCAUCUUCUGCAGCUGCCCUGCAGUCCCCAGCUCCCAGCAGCCUCAGGCAGGGUGUUCUGCUGAACAAUGCACUGCCUCCAAGAUGUCUUGGCUCCAAGCAGAGUGACAGCCCUGCCCCUAAGCCCAGUUCUGUGCUCAGAAACGGAUUCUCUGGCAUUAAGAAGCCUUGGCACAUGUGUCCCGUUUGUAACCACCACUUUCAGUUCAAACACCACCUUCUAGACCACAUGAAUACACACACCAACAGACGGCCUUACAGUUGUGGGAUCUGUCGUAAAGCCUACGUCCGUCCCGGCAGCCUGAGCGCACAUAUGAAACUUCACCAUGGGGAAAAUCGCCCUAAGAAGCUAGUGUGCUGUGAGUUUUGUGCAAAAGUGUUUGGUCAUGUCCGAGUCUAUUUCGGCCAUCUGAAGGAGGUGCACAGAGUUGUGAUCAGCACAGAGCCCUCCUCCAGUGAACUGCAGGCAGGAGACACACCAAGGAGCAAGGACAGAGAUGCCUGUGUGCAAGCACCUGAUGGCCCUCUGGAGAGGGAAACCAAGUCAAGUUUGGAAGAAGAUUUCCUUCUCAACCAGGCAGAUGAAGUCAAGUUGCAAAUCAGAUGUGCCCGUUGUCAGAUCACUGCUCAGUCUUUUGCUGAAAUUAAGUUCCAUUUACUUCAUGUUCAUGGGGAAGAGAUCCAGGGCCGGCUUCAAGAGGUGUUCUUACCAGGCAGCAGAGCGGGUGCUCCGCACCAGAAGCAGCACACUGAGAAAAGGAAGGAAGUGAAGCCUUGUGCCUCUGCAGAGGACUCCCCAGCAUUUCCUAAUGUGAAAAGACAGCCGCCCCCUCAUCAGAACAGGGAGGAACUGUGGGCAGAAAGUGAAGGUGCCCAGUGGGAAAUGAGAAGCCCACAGCACCCCACCAGGCUUCUCUGGUCCCAUUCAGGCUUUAACUGCCUGCUCUGCGCCCAGAUAUUGGGGAGGAAGGAGGACCUGCUUCUUCACUGGGUGCACCAGCACAACUGUGAGGAGCCCGCCAGACUCUGGGCUCUCCUGGGUGUGUUCUCUCACCAGGGAGCUCCUGAGUUCCCCAGUGAAGUAAGGCAGUGACACUGAGGCCACCCAGCUGAAGAAAUGUCACACUAUGGCCUUUCUGUCAUGUUCUGUUCCUGUUAGUAUUUAAUUAUAAGGAUCCAGUACCUCCAGGGCCAGCACCAGUGUCCUGAGGUAAUUUUUGUGCAUAGUUUUAUUUUCUUAAGAAAUGAAGUAUGUGCCCUGGAUGCAUUUCUAACAUAUGUUGUCUCACCUUAAAACUCCAUGCAUUCUCUAAUAUUGUAGACUUUAUCUCAUAAUAAAUAAAAGGUUCAAAUUAAGAAAUUGAAA